AUGGGACUAAGCCAGAGUAUGCAAAAGCUGUGGAUUGCUUGGAUCCACACUUAUUGCAUAAAAAUGCAACUGCUGGAGAAUAUGGAGAGCCCUAAACAAGCCUCAUGGAUGGAACCUGAGAGGGACUGUGUGUCAAGUGCCUUGAAGAACUUGACAUGUCAUAAUGUGGCUGAACCUAAACAUGUGUUUAUCCUCUGGGUCGCUUUGCAUGGUAAGCUUAGAACAAAAGAUAGAUUAAUUCAAUGGGGAUUGAUAAUGGAUGAGAAAUGUGUUUUCUACCAGGUGAUGCCUGAGACUGCUGAGCACUUAUUUUUUUGGGGCAACACUACAAAAGGAGUAUGGCAAAGUAUUCUGGGGUGGAUGAAAUGGCAUAGAGCUGUGACUACAUGGAAUGAGUAA